UUCAUUUGACAGUCUAAAUACUCUGUACUAUGUACUAAAUCAUAAUUUGCUUGUCAUUGAUCUUGUAGUUUAGUGGUAGUGUCUAAUCUCUUCCAUGACAAAUAUUGGAUUCGAAUACCCCUCAUUUUCAUUUUAUAAAAACAUAAAAACAUAAAAAAAUUAUUUGCUUAAAAAUCAUAGCUAGUGUGUAAUUAUGUGUACAUAUACCUAUAUAAGUGUUAGAAUAGAUGCAUCAAACUUCUUGUGUAGAUCAAUGGGGAAAAAUGCACAUGAUAUACUGACUUUUUUUCCUAUCUAGGAAAAUGCAUACCAGUGUAAAAAAUGAAAUAUUAGGGGUGGAAUAAAAAAUUCUCAUUCACAUCAAUAUUAUGAAAGUUUCAUUAUUCAAUUUAAUAUAUAUUGAUCAACUAAAUCAUCCGAUUGUUGGGUAUUUGGUAAUUACAUUUUGACCAUUUGAGACCUCUUACUCAUAAAGACAUAAAACAUAGUAAAACGAAUUUUACACGUUUUUCUUUAAAAAUAAAAAUAAAAAAUAUUCUUUUAAUGCAGAAUUUAUUUAGUUACAUAACGAAUUUCACAUAAUAUAUGUUUAUUUAUUUUUUAACCUUUGUUUUUUGGAAUCUGUUUGUAAAUAACUCUUUUUAGAACACAUCAAGAAUAAUUUUGAAAAAACAGAUUAGAUCCUCUCAAUGGCACAUGAAUUAUGAUGGAUUUGAGUUGGUCCUAGAACUCAUCUUUGAAGCAGUUGGGACCCUUGUUGGCAUUGUUGUUCUACUCCUACAGAUAAUACACGAUCUUCACCAAAUAAUCUCAAUAACACAUGAAGGAUUUCAGCAAAUUGUGCUGGUCCUAAAACUCAUUGGUAAAGUAGUUGGGUCCCGUGUCAGCCUUGUUGUUCUACUCCUACGGUUGACACGUAUAUGCAGAAGGAUUUGGUCCAUUUUGACUGAAGGACAACCUGUUGUUGUUGCUAAUGACCACCGGAACGAUGUCCCACUUGCUGAUAUUAACUAUGGCCAGAAUGAUAUCCCACCUACUGAUGCUGAAGCUGAUGCUACCAAUGGGCAAAACGAUGUAAUUGUGAAUGAGGAAGUGAACAUCUGAACUCACCGAUUUCAAGAAAACCUGUCUAUGUUAAUGUAAUACCACUUUCACCACCUCCACCAUUCAUAAUAUGCUGUCUUUGUUCUUCCUGGUAGCUUUAUUAUGUGUAACAAAAUGAACCAAAUGUUUUUUGGUUUUAAUGCUUUCUUUUCAGACUUUAAUACUUGAGCUUUCUUUUCAGACUUUACUGUAAUCAAAGUGUCCUGUUAUGCUUU